AUGAGUAUUUUGGUUUUGCCAAGUGUAACCACAAACCUAUAUAACUCAUCAAAUUCAUAUACACAUUCUAAGGCCAAAACCAACAACGACCAAAACAUUUGUAGAGACACAGACAUCAUCUCACUCUUGCAACAGAACCGUAAAAACCUCAAACAUGUUGAAUCCAUACAUGGCAGAGCCAUAAAGAAAGGAACAGAACAAGACCCUUUUGUUGUCUUCGAGCUUGUUCGGCUCUACUGCAAGCUCAACUCCAUUGACCAUGCCACCAAGCUCUUUCACAGCACUCACAAUCCAAAUGUGUACCUUUACACUUCCCUCAUUGAUGGGUUUGUGUCCUUUGGAUCUUACUCUGCUGCCAUUGGCUUGUAUGGCCAAAUGGGACACAACAAUGUUUUGCCUGAUAGCUACGUUGUUACUUCGGUGUUGAAAGCCUGCGUGUUUCAACGUGCUCUGAGAUGUGGCAGGGAGGUCCAUGGCCAGGUUUUGAAAUCUGGAUUGGGUUUGGAUAGGUCCGUAGCAUUGAAGCUUAUUGAGUUAUAUGGGAAAUGUGACGAGGUGGAAGAUGCUCGGAAGGUGUUUGAUAGAAUACCUGAAAGAGAUGUUGUUGCGCGUACUGUCAUGAUGGCUUCAUAUUUCGAUCAUGGCAUGGUUGAGGAGGCGAUUGAGGUGUUCAAUGGACUCAAGACUCAGGAUACUGUUUGUUGGACUGCUAUGAUAGAUGGGUUGGUGAGGAAUGGGGAAUUGAAUAGGGGUUUGGAGAUGUUUAGAGAAAUGCAAGUGAAGGGGGUGGAGCCUAAUGAAGUUACCUUUGUUUGUGUCUUGUCUGCGUGUUCGCAGUUGGGAGCCUUGGAGCUCGGCCGUUGGAUUCACAUGUACAUGCACAAGUGCAAUGUCAAGUUUAAUCAGAUUGUUGUUGGAGCACUGAUCAACAUGUACUCAAGGUGUGGUGAUAUUGAUGAGGCACAAUUAUUGUUUGAUGACAUGAAAGUGAAAGAUGUUUCAAGUUACAAUUCCAUGAUCUGUGGAUUGGCUUUGCAUGGGAUGAGCAUUGAAGCGAUCGAGUUGUUUAGGGAAAUGCUUAAGCAGGGGAUUAGUCCCAACAGUAUUACCUUUGUUGGCGUCUUGAAUGCUUGCAGCCAUGGUGGGUUGGUUGAGUUAGGAUUUGAGAUAUUUCAAUCAAUGGAAACACUUCAUGGGAUCAAACCACACAUAGAACAUCAUGGAUGCAUGGUUGACAUUCUUGGUAGGGUAGGUAGGCUUGAAGAGGCCUACAACUUCAUUGAGAGAAUGGGAGCACAACAUGUUGAUGAUAAGAUGCUCUGUGCUUUAUUAAGCUCUUGUAAAAUCCAUAGAAACAGUGAGGUAGGAGAACAGGUUGCAAAACGUUUGAGUGAAUGUUCUAAGAUGGACUCUGGAUCCUACAUCAUGCUGUCAAAUUUCUAUGCUUCAUUGGGAAGAUGGAACUUUGCUGCAGAAUUUCGAGAAAAGAUGGAAAAGGGAGGAAUCUUGAAGGAACCAGGUUGUAGUUCCAUUGAAGUUAAUAAUGUAAUACAUGAAUUCCUCUCAGGGGAUCUUAAACACCAUGAGAGGAGAAGUAUCUACCAAAAAUUAGAGGAAUUAAACUAUUUGACAAAGUUGGAGGGAUAUUCACCAGCAACAGAGGUGACUUUACAUGAUAUUGAUGAUAAGCAGAAGGAAUUGGCUCUUGCAGUACAUAGUGAGAGGCUUGCAAUAAGCUAUGGAUUGAUCUCAACUGAACCUCACACAACGUUGAGAGUUGUGAAAAAUUUAAGGAUCUGUGAUGAUUGCCAUGCCAUGAUCAAGCUCAUAGCGAAAAUUACUAGCCGGAAAAUCGUGGUUAGAGAUCGCAAUAGAUUCCACCAUUUUGAAAAUGGACAUUGUUCUUGUAAGGAUUAUUGGUGAGGGAUGUUAAUGUUACACAUAGCUCUUGCUAAACACCAGAACUUGUCUUCCAAUUAUGGUGAAAGAGAAUUGAAGUUAGAGUCAAACCAAGAAAGAAACUAAGGAUAUGUUAAUAGAAUCAAGCGAGAAUUUUUGGGAGGACAAGAUAGGAUUCCUUUUCUUCCUUCAAUUUCAAUUUUAAGUAUAAACUUGUGCCUUGUUUUGUUUGGCUCGGUUUGGUUUGUGUUUGCAUGCAUGCAUGCCAGAAC